AUGAGAUAUGAUGGGACCAAGGACCCCCAGGAACAUGUCACAGCUAUUGAAGCAAGGAUGAAUCUGGAAGGAGUAGGCGACGCUGUUAGGUGCCGAGCGUUUCCCGUAACCCUGGCCGGCCCGGCGAUCCGAUGGUUCAACACUCUCCCACAAGGAUCCAUCACGACCUUCGCAGACAUAUCCCAGAAGUUUCUAUCACGGUUCACGACACACAUAGCCAAAGCGAAGCACCCGAUUAACUUGUUAGGGGUUACCCAAAAACCCGGUGAGCCGACCAGGAAAUUCCUGGACAGAUUUAACGACGAAUGUCUAAAAAUCGACGGCCUCACGGACUCAGUCGCUAGCCUAUGCCUAACAAAUGGCCUGCUGAAUGAAGACUUUAGAAAAUACCUAACAACCAAGCCUGUAUGGACCAUGCAGGAAAUCCAAAGCAUAGCCAAAGAAUACAUUAAUGAUGAAGCGGUUAGCCAGGUCGUCGCAGCCAAUAAACGCCAACCCCCCAACCCGCCAGCUCGGCAGGCGCAUCAGACCGAAAGGUACAAAGAAGUUCCUAGAGACGGCACCCUAAACAAGUUACCCAAGCAACCACGGGUAGGAAGGUUCACGAACUACACGCCACUUACGGCGCCCAUAGUGGAAGUCUACCAGCAAAUCACAGACAACGGAAUCCUAUCCAGACCUAGGCCCCUGAAAGAGAGAACGGGAGGUAACAAAAGCCUUUACUGCGAUUACCACAAGGGGUUUGGUCACAAAACACAAGACUGCUUCGACCUCAAGGAUGCCUUGGAACAGGCCAUCAGAGAGGGGAAACUGAGUGAAUUCUCCCGACUCAUCAGGGAGCCGAGGAGGCGAGAAAGGGAACGCUCCGAGGAAGACCGAAACCAGGCUGUCAAACCAAGACAAGAACCCCCAGGGGAUGCCAGUAACCCCCCAGCUUUUGUAGUUAACAUUGUAGUCGGACGAGAUAGUCCCCCCAAAUCUAAGUCGGCAACAAGAAAGGACUCCCGGGUGCUCUCCAUCUCGACGGACAGCCCCGCCGCCAGCAAGAGGCUCCCCACGAUAUCAUUCGGCCUGGAAGACAAAUGGUUCAAUGACCUCCCCGAAACCCUCCCCCCCCAUGGUAGUUACAGCGAUGGUCGGAAUAGGGCUAGUUAG